AUGUAUGGAGAGUAUCAUCAUUUGUAUAACGACUUAAGGAAAUCACCAGAGAGAUUUUUCGAGUACUUACGAAUGUCAGUUGAGACGUAUGAUUUUAUUUUAUGUAAAAUCAGUCAUCGUAUUAAAAAGAAAACCACAAACUUCAAAAAACCAAUAUCACCUGCUGAAAGAUUAUACGUAACUAUAAGAUAUUUAUCAACGGGUCUUUCAUUUCGAAACUUGGCUUUUUCGAUGCGAAUGGGUGCUUGCACAAUAGCUAAAAUUAUUCAUGAGACUUGUCAAGCUAUAUGGGAAGAACUUGUUAAUGAAUUUAUGCCAGUACCAACAAAAGAACACCUGGAAAAAGUGGCUAUUGAUUAUUAUAAACGUUGGGGAUUUCCAAAUUGCGUUGGGUCAAUAGACGGAAAACAUUGCCAAAUUAAAUGUCCUUCCCAUUCUGGAUCAAGUCACUUCAACUAUCUUAAAUAUUUUUCUUUGGUUUUGCAAGGAGUUGCUGAUGCUGAUAAAAAAUUUUUAACAAUUGAAGUUGGCGCAAGAGGAAAACAGAGUGAUGGUGGAACUUUUGCAUCUUCAGAAUUAUUUUAUUUGAUCGACAACGAUAAAUUUAAUAUGCCUCCAGAAAAAAAUUUGCCGGGGACAAAUAUUAAAGUUCCUCAUGUGUUAAUUGGCGACGAAGCAUAUCCGUUAAAGCCAUACUUAAUGCGUCCAUUUCCUUCUCGAGGUUUAAAUGCAGCUACAGAAAAUUUUAACGAUAAUUUAUCGAGAGCACGCAAAUGCAUUGAGUGCACUUUUGGUAUACUUCGGGCUAAAUGGAGACUACUUGGAAAAGACAUAGAAGUCAGCUCAAAGAAAGCUAUUAUCAUUAUAAAAUGUAUGUGUAUAUUACACAAUAUUAUCAGGGAAAAAGAUGGAAAUAGUGAUUUAGAUUACUGCAACAUUAUGCUUGGCACAGAAAAUACUUGGGAAAAUGAAACAAUGGUUCAACGAGCGAGAGGCGCAAAUGCUCUUCAAAGAGCCAAAGACAUAAGAAAUGCGUUCGUAGAUUAUUUUUUAAUAUAA